AAAAGAUUGUCACUCCUGAAAGAAAUGAGGUAGCUAUGUCACCAGCAAGCACUGACAGAGCAACAGGUAUGUCCAAAUAUGGUUCUUCUGAAAAGAGCUUUGAAUUAAGUAGCAAGUUAUAUAAUCUACAAGAUGAAUUUGAUGAGGCGAUUCGAAUAACAAAAAAAUCAUUCAAAUCAACUAAUGUACCUGAAAUCCUUGACUACCUCAUUACACACACAAUGUCAUUACUUGGCCCUAUCAAGAAACAGCAAACAAUUGCUAAAGCAGUUAGGGAAGAGUUUCAAGAUAUCCAAACAUUAUCAGAAUUAUUCACUGUACUACAAGACAAAUACAUGUCGUGGUUCAACUAUAAACUAACGAUAAAACUUGUUGAAGUGUUUCUACCCAAAAAUCAUUCAUUAAAGAGAACUUGGUCAGCAUAUGAAGAGAAGUUAAAGGAUUAUUUUAUAAACAGUGGUGGACUAUGA